UCAGCGGCGCCCACUCGGCCGCGGGAAAGAGGGGGAUGCUGCGGCCGCUGCCCAAGCGCCUCGGGAGGUUACUGAGCCGCACCAUGAGCCACCGCCAGGCCGAUCCGCGCGCCGCCGGGAAGCGGGUCCUGGUGGCAGGGCUGGGGAAUUAUGGGCUGCGAGGAACCCGUCAUAAUGUGGGCAUGGCGGUGCUCAAUCAGCUGGCCCAGAAGUUGAAAGUCGCUGACCAGUGGAAAGCGGACAGACGCUGCUGUGCAGACGUGACCAUCACUAAUGUGGAGGAAGCAGAGCUGGUGCUGAUGAAACCUCGGCGGCUCAUGAACAUCAAUGGACUCAGUGUAGCAAGCGCUGCUGAAACUUACAACCUCGGGGUAGAAGACAUUUACCUGGUUCACGACGACCUGGACAAGCCUCUGGGGAAGAUGGCGAUAAAGCUGGGAGGCAGCGCAAGGGGGCAUAACGGGGUCCGUUCCUGCAUCAGCUCCCUGCACUCGGAUUGCAUGGUGCGGCUCAGGGUCGGCAUCGGCCGGCCGGUGGGGGAAGCCCUGGUGGAGCGCUACGUGCUGGGCCGGUUCACCAGCGCUGAGCACGAGGUCCUGCAGCGCGUCCUGGAGCAGGCGGCCGACCUCCUGCUGGAGCACAUCCUGCAGAGGAGCAGCGGCAAGGACCUCACGCCCCCUGGCGGCAAGGGGGACAGGACACCUCAUUAA